AACAUAUUUGAUUGAUAUACUUUGUUGCGUCUCUGAAAACGUUUACCACACAAAUGAUUAGCUAUAUACGACUAUACCACUUACAAGCUCACGAACGUGUUGUCUUCUUGCUCUGUUCUCACACAUUAGUCUCAGCAGUAAGCAGAACCACUCACUCCGUGCAUUAUGGAUCAUGUUAUCAAACCACAACCAUUCGGAAUCUGCCACGUGGUGGCCAUGCCUUGGCCCGGAAGAGGCCACAUCAACCCCAUGAUGAACUUCUGCAAACUCCUCCUCCUCCGAGACCCUACCCUCCUCGUCACGUUCGUCGUCACCGAAGAAUGGCUCGGCUUCAUCGGGUCCGACCCGAAACCCGACCGUAUCCACUUCGCCACUCUCCCCAACCUCAUCCCCUCCGAGCUAGUCCGCGCCAACAACUUCACCGGCUUCGUCGACGCCAUCUACACCAACUUAGAGGAGCCGUUCGAGCAGUUACUUGACCACCUCGGCUCUCCGCCUCCGACAGUAAUCAUCUCCGACACGUUCGUGCUGUGGGCAGUGCGUGUCGGCACGCGGAGGAAUAUUCCGGUAGCUUCUCUCUGGACUGAGUCAGCCACGAUUCUCUCCCUCUUCAUCCACUCCGGUCUUCUCGCAGCUCACGGCCAUUUUCCCGUCGAAGCGUCAGAGUCGAAAGAAGACGAAGUUGUUGACUACAUUCCCGGUUUAUCUCCGACGAGACUCGGUGACUUGCCGGAGAUCUACCGCGGCUUCAGCCACCAAGUGUUCAACAAAGUAAGGCCAUGUUUCGAUGAGCUCUCAAAAGCUAAGUAUCUUCUAUUCCCUUCUGCUUACGAGCUGGAACCAAAAGCGCUAGACUUUUUCACUUCGAAGUUUGAUUUCCCGGUUUACACCACCGGUCCGUUAAUACCAUUCGAGGAACUCUCCGCUGGAAAUGAAGUCAGCGAACCUGAGUACAUUAAAUGGCUUGAUGAACAACCUGAAAGGUCUGUUCUUUACAUAUCUCAGGGGAGUUUUCUUUCGGUCUCGGAAGCUGAGAUGGAGGAGAUAGUGGGGGGAGUGAGAGAGAGUGGAGUUCCGUUUCUUUGGGUGGCUCGUGGGGGAGAGUCGAAGAUGAAAGAGGCUCUUGAAGGUAGCUCGGGUUUUGUGGUGAGCUGGUGUGAUCAGCUGCGUGUGUUGUGCCAUGCAGCUGUAGGAGGGUUUUGGACACAUUGUGGGUUUAACUCGACGUUGGAAGGGAUAUAUUCUGGAGUACCGAUGCUGACGUUUCCUUUGUUUUGGGAUCAGAUUUUGAAUGCUAAGAUGAUUGUUGAGGACUGGAGGGUGGGGAUGAGGAUCAAGAGCAAUAAGAAGACGGAGUUGAUAAGGAGAGACGAGAUAAAGGAAUCGGUGAAGAGAUUUAUGGAUGGAGAGAGUGAAGAAGGGAAAGAGAUGAGAAGUAGGGCUUGUCAUCUUAGUGAGAUAUGUCGUGGAUCAGUUGCAAACUUUGGUUCUUCUGAUGUUAAUAUUGACUCUUUCUUGAAAGAUAUUACCAAGAUUGUGUGAGCAUUAUGUUGCAUGUUUCUAUUGUGAUUUCUAAGAAUAUGUAUGAGUUUGUAAAGACUCGAACUUUGCAUAGAUAUGUAUUAAAUCAAUAUGGAUCAUUUGUUAGACUC